AUGGUGGACCAGAUGUCCGGUUUCAUCCAAGUGCUGACGGAGCGACCGGCACUCGUGAAGCAGUGGCCGCUGCACCUGAAACGGAACACACCACUGGACAUGGAUACCGUGCUGGCGAUGCCGACAAAACGCGCCUCAACGAAGCGGUUUCUCCAGCGAAUCCAGUGCUUUCUGGAUCCCUCCUUCUACGAUGGGUUGAGGACCUCACGAACCAUCAAAAAGUGUGCGCUCACGGCUGCGGAAAUCCAACAGGCGGUCGAGAUGGGCAAGUUCGAACCGUGCCCGAUCAGCGACAUCGGCGCCCAGGUGCAAUUGCCAGAGGGCAUGCACGGCGUGAACGUCUUCACGGUGCCGGAGCUGAAAGGACGACGACGCCUCAUCACGGAGCCCCUGCUGAACCGCGUGAUCCCCAAACAUCACGUCCCGCGCGUCCACUACGACACGCGCCUCGGAAGACGACAGCGGCUGCGAUACGCCCGGUACAUGCUACAGAUCGACUUCGAAGCUUAUUACGACGCUAUCCCGAUCGCGGCGACACUCCGUAACAAGUUCGUUUUUCGAGCCAGGCAUGACGGGCGAUACUACCGCCUUCGUACUCUCCCGACCGGCGCGCGGUGGAGCGUUGCCGUCGGCCAGGCGGUGACGUGGACGAUUGUCGACAUCGACACGCCCGUCACCAUCACCACGCUCAUCGACAACAUUCUCGUGGCCGCACGCGAAGGCCAGGAGCGUGAGUUUGUGCUCGCGGUGCGCACGGUCGUCGCACGCAUCAAGGCGGCGAACCUGAUGACGUCACCCAACCGGGACGAGCUGGAGGCGAUGUCGGACGAGGAAAUCCUGCAGCUGGCGAGUGCCAACACCGUUUUUCUCGGUGAAGAAUACACAUGGAAUGGCCGAGAGCGGCUGAUCCGCAACUCGGUGAAGACGGUGGCGAAGCUGAAGCUUGCGCUCCAAAAGACCAGCCACACCAUACGCAGUCUGGCCUCGCUGAUCUCGCUGAUUUUCUUCGCGCUCCAUACCACGCAAAUGAACCCCGCACGGGCAUUCAAGCUGCUGAGAGCCUACCGAGGCAUAUACCGGCUGACGUUCCGCGGGUACGACUGGGACGACGCGGUGCCGUACAUCGACUCCUCCGUGGCGCGGUCGCUGCAGGAGAUCGGCGGCGCACUGGUGCAGAAUCCGUGGUGGAAAAUCUCGGACGAGAGACACCCAACGACGGACGAGGCGACCUAUGACGCGGUGGCCUUCACCGACGCGUCGCUGGAAGGGUGGGGUGCUGUACUUCACCUCCGCGACGCGGGCGCCACAGAAAUGUGGACCUAUCGGCAGCGCUGGACCGAGGACCUGGAACGGCAACUCGGCGGCGACGACGGCGAGGCGGAACGCGUCCUCGAAAAACUGCGCCAGUACCAGCUGCGUCGCCGCGUCCGGUCGGGAGGCCGGUUCGAGGACCCAGACCUGCAGGCGGACCGCUUCCAGGCGCGGUACUCGGCACACGCGGAACCACGCGCGGCACAACUAAUGCUGCGACACCUGGUGGAGCACCACAGGGUGCCCAACGGAGCGCGAAUCGCGCUUGCCACGGACCACCGUGCGAUUGUCAUUGCGCAGAAACACCUGAACGGUUUCGACGGCAUUGGCAGAGGCUACGCCCUGAACAAACUUUUCGAGUACACCUACGACCUCUGGUACAACAGAGGGAUCGACGUAGUCUUUUUCUACGUAGAGGGUGCGCGGAAUCCGGCGGACGCCUACUCGCGACACUUCGGGGUGGACGCGACAGGAUCGCUGGAGGUUCACCGAGUUGAACCGUUUGGCGUGCCGUUCCUCCGGCACAUGUGGUGCCCGCUAUGCGAAGAGCGGCGCCGCGAGGAGGGCGGCGAGAUAUGA